AGUCCGCCCCGCAGGGACUCGAUGCCCAGGCGGGGAGCAUGGCAGGGAGGCGGCCGCUGGGCGCCCGCGCCCUCUCCCUGCUCCGGUGGCUGGGGAUGCUGCUGCUGCCGCUGCUCCAGGCCGGGCAGGGCUGCCCGGGUCACUGCUACUGCUUCGCCACGCCGGAGCUGGACCAGUGCAGCUACGUGCGCCUGCAGGAGCCGCCGCGGGACCUGCCCCGCGGGGUGCGCAACCUCACCAUCGCGGGCGGCAACCUGACGGUGCUGCGCCGGGCGGCCUUCGCCGGCAACGGGAGCCGGCCGCUGGGCGACCUGAGCCGGCUGCUGCUGCCCCGCGACAACAUCCAGGCCAUCGAGGAUCGCGCCUUCCAGGGGCUGGCCGGCCUGACGGCGCUGGACCUCAGCCACAACCCGCUGCGCGCCCUGGCCCGCGGCGCCUUCCGCGGCUGCCCGCGGCUGCGCACCCUCAAGCUCAACCAGGCGCUGCUGCUGCUGGGCGAGGCGCCCGAGGAGCCGCUGGCCGGCGCCCUGCGCAACCUGAGCCUGCGGCGGCUGGAGCUGGCGGGCAACGGGCUGAGGGCGCUGCCGGGCGCCGCGCUGCCGGAGGGGCUGGAGGAGCUGGAUCUGCGGAACAACUCGCUGCAGGGGCUGAGCCCCGAGGAGCUGGCCCGGUUGGACUCAGCCCCGCUGGGCAGGCUCCAGCUGUACCUGGGCUCCAACCCGCUGCGCUGUGACUGCGCCCUGCGCCCGCUGCUGGGCUGGAUGCGCAACGCCAGUUGGAGGGUGGCGGACGCGCGCAGCCUGCGCUGCGCCGCCCCGCGGGAGCUGAGCGGUUUGCCGGUGCUGCGCCUCCGCCUGGAGCAGCUGGGCUGCGGGGCCAGGCGGGAGCCAGGGCCCGGGGGGACCGACUGGGAGCCGCGGUCCGAGGAGGCCGGCGAGCAGAAGGAGCUGGAGACCGCCUCCUACGUGUUCUUCGGCAUCGUGCUGGCGCUGAUCGGGGUGAUCUUCCUCAUGGUGCUGUACCUCAACCGCAGGGGCAUCAAGCGCUGGCUCAACAACCUGCGGGAGGCCUGCCGGGACCAGAUGGAGGGCUACCACUACCGCUACGAGCAGGACACCGACCCGCGCCGGGCCAGCGCCAGCCCCUCGGGGCUCUGAGCCAGAGUGCGGGGACCAGCUCGACGCCAGAUAGCCCUGCCCGCAUGCAGGGAUCCCACCCGUCCAGACUCUGCCCCUGGGCCCUGGGGAUCCCACCCUAAGCCCCCACUCCUGACCCUUAGGGAUCCUUCCCCCAGUCCUUGGGGAUACCACCCCUCCACCCACUACCCACAGCCCUUGGGGAUCCCACUCCUCCAACCUUUGGGGAUCCCACCCCUCCACCCACUAUGCACAGCCCUUGGGAAUCCCACCCCUCCACCCACUACCCAGAGCCCUUGGGAAUCCCACUCCUCCAGCCUUUGGGGGUCCCACCCCUCCACCCACUACUCACAGCCCUUGGGGAUCCCACUCCUCCAGCCUUUGGGGGUCCCACCCCUCCACUCACUACCUACAGCCCUUGGGGAUCCCACCCCAAGCCCCUACCCCUGGCCCUCAGGGAUCCUUCCCCCAGUCCUUGAGCUUCCCAUCCAUCCGCCUACUACCCACCACCCUUGGGGGUCCCACCCCUCCACCCACUACUCACAGCCCUUGGGGAUCCCACCCCAAGACCCCACCCCUCCAGCCCUUGGGGAUCCCACCCCUCCAGCCAUUACCCACAGCCCUUGGGGAUCCCACCCCAAGACCCCACCCCUGGCCCUUGGGAAUCCUUCCCCCAGUCCUUGAGGUUCCCAUCCAUCUGCCUACUACCCACAGCCCUUGGGGAUCCCACUCCUCCAGCCCUUGGGGUCCCACCCCUGCACCCACUACCCACAGCUCUUGGAGAUCCCACCCCAAGCCCCUACUCCUGGCCCUUAGGGAUCCUUCUCCCAGUCCUUGGGGAUCCCACACCUACACCCACUACCAACAAUCCUUGGAGGUCCCACCUUAUUGCCCAAGGAGUGUGUCCCACACACACCAAUAGGGCUACCACUAUCCAGGAAAUCCCCACAUCCAUUCACGGACUAGAGCAUACCCCCAUGCAGGAGAAUAUCUAUUCACCCAUGGAUUAGCUCAUAAAACCUCACUCCACCAAUCCCACCCGCUCCCCAGAGGAACACCCUCCCCCCUACUGUUGCCCAUCUACCCAUGGAACAUCUACCCAGGAGAAUACACUUCACCAACCCCCAUCCUCUACCCAGAGAAUACCUACUUUCCACCCACCCACCAACCCACCCCCUGGGAAUACUCCCCUCUUCCUUCAUGCCUGACGGGGGGCACUUCCAACCAGAGGGUACCCCACUGCCCAGGACAACACCCACCUGUCCAGAGAACACCCAGCAAAACACCCUUCCCCCAUCCCUCACCCCCAGGAGAAUAGCUUUUUGCCAACCCACUCAAGAUAGCACAGGAUCCAUCCUCAAGACAGUAACGCCCCUCCCACAAAACUAAGGAAACUGCACAGGAUCCCUUCCGCCCCCCUAGCUCACUGCACAGCAUCCAGUCCCCAAGAGAAUACAUCCCCCUCCAGGGUCCUGGGGAUUGUGAAUGAGAGAGCUACCCACCUUCAAAUGAAUAACCGGCAUCGGAGACCACACAGGAUCCAUCACACCCACCCUCCCGCCAGUGUUCUAGGGGCACGUGAAUGUCCAGGACUCUCCGCUCAGAAUAAACCCGCAGUUGGGAAUUCACUGACUGCACCCUGAGAGGCCCUUCUCUCCCCACCCCAAUGGUCCAGGAAACACCCAGGUCCAUGCAGAAUUAACUCCCAUCCAGGACUAUGCAGGAACCACUCCCGAAGAACCGCUCCGGCCCAGAAUGCACAGGGGGGGCGGAGAGGGGAAUGAAUGUACAGGAACUCUUUUGAAUGAACACGUCCCUUUGGAAAGAAAGCCUUUCAUUCCUCCAGGGUGUGUGACAGCAUGUGUUCCACUGCCCUAGCAGAAGCCUCUUCUCCCCGUGUCCCAUAGGAUGCUCCUUCAAAACCGUCGUCGGUGUCCAGGGAAGAAUCCAUGGGCCUGACCCCAGCAAAAGACCCUCCUAUGACCUGCAGGAGUUAUGAAUGCACAGAGGAGCUCCAUUCACAUGCAACUCCUAGUUACUCCAGGAGAGUCUUUUAUUUUUUUCUUUAUUUAAAAAAAAAAAACCUUCUACAAGAAGCUAGAAUACAACUCCCUGUGAAUUUACUUUGUGCACAUGGACCGUGGGGUGAGUUUUUACUUAGUGAGUUGCUGAAAGCAACGGGCUGGAUGGCGUUAAGCUUGUUUCCUAGUUUUUAUUGGGGCCUAGACUUUUACCCUGUACAGUUCUCUUUCCUAGUAUAUUUCUAACAAAUACAAAACUGACUUGAUUUUUUUUUUUUGCUCCAAACACAGAAGAAAAGAAAACAAAAAACCCAGAAGAAGUUACAUGAUCUGCUGAGCCCAUUAAUUUAUUAUGGUUUUGUUCCACAAAAAUUAUGACUUCUCUCAGGCACAAAGUAAUGCACCUGCACAACAACAAAAACUUCCCUGCAGGCUGUAUGCAUGUUGCUAAAGCACAUGGAAGGAAGUCAUUUCCGACUGCGAAGUAUAAUUUAGAGUCCGCUGUCUCAGCAAUCUUCGCAACUGUUUUUAAAACAAGGCUCUCAAUAUCUUGCACAGGUUUGCUUAGAUCUGCGCCUGCUAAUAUAUACUAGAGCAAAUAUGCUGAAAGCUGCAUCCGAUGUAUUGUAUGUUUUCUAUAAAGCUUAUUGCAAUAAUUUCUGAAUACUUCGUGGCUGAAGCAAUGUUGUUGUUAUGAUCCGUGUUUUGCAGAGCAAGACCGUUAGGUGCUAAGUAAUCUCUGUAAAUAGAUGGUUCCACAUAAACUUCUGCGCUAUUGCUAGUUCUGUGGCUAGAAAAGCAGAAUGGGUUUAAUGGUUAGUGCACAGCAUUUGGGUUCUAAUCAUUCUGACCCAAACUUGCUGUGUGACCUAGGACAAAUGGCUUAGACCAGCGGUUCUCAAACUGGGGGUUGGGACC